UGUUAUUGGCAUGGAGAUAGAUGUUAUUUAAACCAGAAAGAUUUCAAUGAAGUUAGAAAGAAACCAAUGAGUGAGCUGAGAGAGGAAACCGAAGCUAACAGCGAAUACAUCAGAAACGAAGGCUUCAAUCUCGUCGAGAUGAAAGAAUGCGAGUGGCGCAGAAUGAAAAGAACAGAACCGGAGAUUCAAAGGUUCCUUGAAAACAAAUUUAAUCGACCACUGGAUUAUAGGCGGACUCUUACCACAAACGAGAUUGUUAACGCUGUAAAAGAUGGCUCUCUCUUUGGCGUUGUCGAGGUGGACAUUGAAGUUCCCGAUGAUCUCAAGCCCCACUUCAGCGAAAUGUGCCCCAUCUUUAAGAACACAGAGAUAUCUCGUGAGGAUAUUGGGGAGUUAAUGAAAGAAUUUGCCGAAGAAGAAGACAUCAUGCCACGCCCACGGCGAAGCUUGAUUGGHAGCUACUUUGGCAAGAAAAUCCUCCUUGCCACACCUCUCCUUAAAUGGUACUUGGAGCACGGUCUUGUGGUUACCCGUAUCUAUCAGGUGGUAGAGUAUACGCCCAAGGCCUGCUUCAAGCCAUUUGGGGAGGCGGUAUCAGAUGCACGGAGAGCUGGGGAUGCUGAUCCAAACAAAGCCAUCAUCGCUGAUACCAUGAAAUUGGUGGGAAACUCAAGCUAUGGCAAAACCAUCACGGACCAGGAACGUCACCGAGAUGUCAAGUUUUGCUCUGAUGCCAAGGCUUCUAGAUUAGUAAACACUCCSUUYUUCCGUCAGAUUGACGAAAUUGACGAGAACACUUACGAAAUCCAGUCUUCAAAGAAAAAAAUUAACUUAAAUUUACCAAUACAAAUAGGABUUUUUGUYUAUCAAUAUGCUAAAUUAAGAAUGCUUCAGUUUUAUUAUGAUUUCAUUGAUAAAUAUGUAGAUCGCUCUGAUUUUCAAUACUGUGAGAUGGAUACUGACAGUGCUUACAUAGCUCUGUCUGGAAGAAGCAUUGAGAGUUUAGUUAAAGAGGAAAUGCGAGAAGAGUUUGAAGAAGAUAAGUGUAACUGGUUUCCGAGAACGGAUACAGCAGAACAUCGCGCCUAUGAUAAGAGAACACCUGGCUUAUUUAAAGUAGAAUGGGAGGGACAAGGGAUCGUUGGCUUAUGCAGUAAAACCUAUUACUGUUUUGGGAGUAGCGAUAAGUUUAGUUGUAAGGGGGUGAAUAAGAAGUGCAAUGAAAUCACGAAAGAUAAAUACUUAAAUGUUCUUCGCACGAAACAAAGUGCUUCAGGUAUCAACAAGGGUUUUCGUUGUGUCAACCAUCAAAUGUUAACUUACAAGCAAGUUAGAAAUGGAUUUUCUUAUUUUUAUCCCAAAAGAAAGGUUUUAGGAGAUGGCAUUUCAACUGUUCCAUUAGAUAUUUAAUUUUGUAUUUAUAGUCAACAUAAUUGCAUAAACUUUGAUUUGAUAAUUUUCAGUGAACUUCGAUGUAUAUAUUUUUUUAAGAAUCGAAAACAAAAUGUAAACUGAAAUAUAGAAUCUCUCAGCUUCAGAUAAAUAUAUAUUCUACCUUUUUUAUGGAUUGUGAAAUCUUAUUUUAAUGAUUUAUUAUGAGGAUUGAAUAAAAUAAAGAAUAUACCUUGUAUCUUCUUAUAUUAAACAAUUUAAAAUAUAUUUUUCUGUCUAAAGAAAUAUUAUUUUUAUAAAUAACUGCAUUAGGAACUGUAGAUCAGGCUCGUGGAAAACAGGACA